GCGGAUUUCUCUUUCUUCCUGUCGGGCUGGAAAGAUGGCGUCCCGCAAGGAAGGUUCAGGCUCCGUCGCUGCCUCUUCCAGCUCCACCUCCGGCGCGGUGGGGAAAGGCAAAGGAAAAGGCGGCUCUGCAGAUUCGGCCGUGAAGCAAGUGCAGAUAGAUGGCCUGGUGGUAUUAAAAAUAAUCAAACAUUAUCAAGAAGAAGGACAAGGAACUGAGGUGGUUCAAGGAGUACUUCUGGGCCUGGUGGUCGAAGAUCGGCUUGAAAUCACCAACUGCUUCCCUUUCCCCCAGCACACAGAGGAUGAUGCGGAGUUUGAUGAAGUCCAGUAUCAGAUGGAAAUGAUGCGGAGCCUUCGCCACGUAAACAUCGACCAUCUCCAUGUGGGCUGGUACCAGUCUACAUACUACGGCUCCUUCGUCACCCGGGCACUUUUGGAUUCUCAAUUCAGUUACCAGCACGCCAUAGAAGAAUCUGUCGUUCUCAUUUACGAUCCCAUAAAAACUGCACAAGGGUCUCUCUCGCUAAAGGCAUACAGACUGACUCCUAAACUGAUGGAAGUUUGUAAAGAGAAGGAUUUUUCCCCUGAAGCAUUGAAAAAGGCAAGUAUCACCUUUGAGCACAUGUUUGAAGAAGUGCCAAUUGUCAUUAAAAAUUCACAUCUGAUCAACGUGCUGAUGUGGGAAAAUGAGAAAACCAGCGCAGUGCUGGAGCAGUGGCUCACGGGUGGUGUGCCCUUGUAUUCUUUGCAUUUCAGCAGUCACUUGGGGAAGAACCUGCAGCUGCUGAUGGACAGAGUGGAUGAGAUGAGCCAGGACAUAGUGAUGUACAACACGUACAUGCGGAAUACCAGCAAGCAGCAGCAGCAGAAGCACCAGUAUCAGCAGCGUCGCCAGCAGGAAAACCUGCAGCGCCAGAGCCGAGGAGAACCCCCGCUGCCUGAGGAGGACCUGUCUAAGCUCUUCAAGCCCCACCAGGCCCCGGCCAGGAUGGACUCACUGCUCAUCGCAGGUCAGAUUAACACGUACUGCCAGAACAUCAAAGAGUUCACCGCCCAAAACUUAGGCAAGCUCUUCAUGGCUCAGGCUCUUCAAGAAUACAACAACUAAGACAGGACAUUUGCAGAAGAGGAGGUCACAGCAGGGCAGUUCCUUGAAGACAUAGAUUUGUAUAUUGAAAAACAGACUUU